CAUUUUUUUCUUUUCUUAUCAUAUAAAAAAACAAACCCGCACUCCUUCGCUAAAAAAGAAAAAGGAAACAAAAAAACCCUAGCUUGACCUCUCUUUUGUGAAACACCCAAAAUUCCAGAGAUGGAUAUUUCAUAGAUUUCCCCACAGGUCUCUCUCUCUCUGUAAAAGAAAAUUGGGUUUUUUUUUUUCCUUUUAUUUAGGAUUGGAUUGGUUUUAGAAAAAGAAGAAGGCUAUGUCAACCCCAGCGAGGAAGAGGCUGAUGAGAGACUUCAAGAGGCUACAGCAGGAUCCACCUGCUGGUAUUAGUGGGGCUCCUCAAGAUAAUAAUAUCAUGCUUUGGAACGCUGUCAUUUUUGGGCCUGAUGAUACUCCAUGGGAUGGAGGUGAAAAUCAACGAAUUGGUACGUUCAAGUUGACUUUGCAGUUUACGGAGGAUUAUCCAAAUAAGCCUCCAACUGUCCGGUUCGUCUCACGAAUGUUUCAUCCAAAUAUCUAUGCAGAUGGGAGUAUUUGUCUUGAUAUUUUGCAAAAUCAGUGGAGUCCUAUAUAUGAUGUUGCAGCUAUACUCACCUCUAUCCAGUCUCUACUUUGUGAUCCAAACCCAAACUCUCCAGCAAACUCUGAAGCUGCUCGCAUGUUUAGUGAGAAUAAGCGGGAGUACAACCGAAGAGUGCGUGAAAUCGUGGAGCAGAGUUGGACUGCUGACUGAGUGCAGUGUUUGAAAAUAACGAAUUCUGGUGGCGAUGCUGGUGCUGGUGCUAGCAAACUUGAAGACCAUUCCCCAAAGAUCUUGUUGGGGAGUGGAAUACUAUCGACUGUUUUCGUGUGCUUUGUUCGGUGAUGAUUUCUUUGAAUGAUUUGAUUCCUGCCUCUUAUACAUUCUCUGUUUUUGCUGGUUUCUUGAUGUUGAAUCCUAUUCUUUCCUCGUCUUUUCUGUAAUGUAACAGUCAAUUUCUCUUUGUAGCAUCUGUAUAUGAGUAUCUUUCUAGAGCUAAUGUCCAAGGCAGGAGAAUGCUUGCUCUCAGAGACCAAAUUGGAGGGGCUUUUCAUUGUAAUUGAAUCAGUAAGAUAUUCAAACAAUAUGAAUGGGAAUGGCUGCUAGGAACUCCUGUUUUGCUUGAA